ACGAUGACGUCACCCCCCCAAAAAUGAAAGUAACUCGGCGGUGCUGGGAUGGCUGUGGAAACAGAGAUGUGCCAGAGUUUACCUCUAGACUGCCUCAUCAGCGUCUUCUCUCUUCUUCAGGAUGAAGAUUUAAUCAGAGCAUCCACAGUCUGUAAGGAAUGGUAUCAUGCUGCAGAGACGCCAUGGCUGUGGAGGAGAAUGUGUCUGCAGAGGUGGAGUUUCUGCAAUGUUUCCCAGCUCCUCUCCAACAGGGGAACACACUCGUGGAAAGCUUAUUACCAGCGACGCUCUCACCUGGAGACGAAGAUGAAAACGGGCAGGUCAAGUACGGACUACACCUGCAAAAGUCUACGUGGCCAUAAAGGCAGGGUUGUUGGCUUGGCAUACCUAGCUGGAAACGACGGCUGCGCAGAUAUUUGGGAGCAGACUCCAGUGGUCUGCAGUGCAUCUACAGACGGCACGGUCAGAGCAUGGGACAUUCACAAGGGUGUUAGUUUAUGGUCAAGCCCUGCUCAGAGCCCCAUGCAGGACAUCACGGUUGAUCCGAGGCGGUCAGUUGUGGUCACUUCCGACGAAACAGGAGCCAUCAAAACCUGGAAAGGUGUGACCGGAGAGGAGGUGGCCUGCUUCCAGUCUGGAUUCUCCAAGACCACACUGCUGUCAUUUAACAGCAAAGACAGCUCUUUCCUCGUGGUGGGAUCUGUUCUGGGAUGUCUGGUGAUCCUGACCUGCCCUGCGCUGUCAGAAGUCUCCAGGCACGUAGUGUGCGACUCCUUCAGUUUAAACAUCCUCCGCUCAUCACCGGAUAAAAAAUGGAUACUCGCUGCCUCCAAAGAAAAUUUUGACUUGAGCCCAAAGGUUUUCUGCAGUGAGAGUGUGUGUUUCCCCGCUGAAGAUGAGGACGGUCUGAGUCAGAGUCUGCCGGUCGCUGGUUGUUGUGCUGCCGCGUUUCUCCCAUCUCUCCCUGCUCGGCUCGCACUCAUCCAUUCUGACGGCGACUUCCACAACAAAACGCUCUCAGUCUUUGACCUGACCACGAAGGAAUCAAAAUACAAAAAGGAAACACAAGUUCAGCAAGUCGCCUCUUUUCAGGUGGCGCUAAGCCAUCAUUCGGAUGUCAUUCUCGAGGCAAAAGGGAGCAGCACUCUUUUAGUUACAGAUGGAAACCAUCUGAAGGUCUACACACUUAAAGGGGAACUUGUCGCUAGUUUUGAAGACCAUUCACAGCCAGUCACUGCUCUUUGUGUGGACAGUUUUCGCGUGGUGACAGCAUCUCGAGACCUGUCUCUCAGAAUACUGACCUGGAGAAAUGAUCCAGAGCAUGGGCUUACACUGAAGAGCCGGUAUCAAUUGCUCGGAGGCUCCUUAUCCAGAUCCAGGGGAUUCACCAACGUUGCCUGUGAUCAUUCGAGUAUUGUGGGCUCCGUGGAGUCGGUGGAUGGAAAUGAUGUUUUGAAGGCUUAUACCUUUGAUUUCUGAACUAAUAACACCAGAUGUUUUCAGACCUUUUUAGACGAAGAUUUAAAUUUCUAGUUAUGUGCAAUCUAUUUCUUUUAUUACAAAUAACUGUACAAACAUGGUACAAAAAUGAGAGGUUUCAGUUGCAAUGCUUUCAAGUAUUAGCACUAUGGCACAUAACAUACAGUGUAUGGUAUUUCUUUUACAUCAAACAGUUCACCGUGUUAAACACAUUUCUAACAUCUUAAAAUGGUACAGUUAUAAUUCAAUCUAUCGGUGGGCUAAAUUAUGUUGAAUUCUUCAUCUGAACCGAGAUUUGAGGAACAACCAAAGAAACAUCAGCAGCAGAUGUGUAGAGCUUGUCUUAAUAAAAAUAAACUCAUUUUCUUUGUA